AUGUUUAAGAGCGGACAAAGCUCAGGGCGAAGCUCAAGGUCAAAAAGGGAACGGCCCAAACUUCCUAUUAAACCCGUCGACCUCAGCAUGAGAGAACGACCAGACCUGCUUGUCACCUACAAUAUCCGAAUUAGGGGUAGUAACUUAGAAGUAGCGCCACUUGCUAGGUACUGCCAAAUCGACUUUUUCAACUUUUGGUUGAUGUUCUUCAUCGACAUAAAGGAAAAUGACACUAAUCCUCCGAGGGGACCUUGGAGGUGUCUUCCCGAGCAUGAGUGGAUGUAUCAUGCUCCUUAUAUUCCGGCUCCGGAGACUGCGAAUAUGUAUACGAUGUUGAGAUAUCCACUUAUGGAGUAUUACGCACUCCAUGUUGUCCAUUUCAUGAAAUACAUCAGUACAAGGCAUGAUUCUGAAAUUAUUAUCCGUCGAGAUCGGUUGGAGCUUGUGAAAGAACGCAUUCACCAUCUUGAUCGAGUCUUCAGGAGUGUCGUCAAUUUCAUCCCCGCCGACUUGAUGGAAGCAAAAAUGUCAAAGCCAUGGUACAAAUUCGGCAAAAGCGAUUACUUCAAGUCCCAGAAAGUCUGGGUGGGGAAAGAAUUAAUGGCGUAUAGAAGGAGCCUUCAGGUUACUAGGGAAUGUAUCGAGAGUAUGCUUGAUACAAUGUUUCCAUACGGGCCCGACAAAAAUGAAGAUGAAGCCCCACUUAGCAGCUGGAAAUUUGCUUCAAACUUUGAAGGACAGAUCAUUGGAGUCCCGGAUUGGACAUUCGGCGAUGCGUUUAUCGAGAGCUUGGGGAGAUUUGCGGUCAAGGAAUAUCCGCGACGAGAUGAAGCGUUGAUCAAGAUCUACAAGCAACUUGCACCUCCAAGACGUGGUGAGGAAGCCCUGAAGCGUUUCAUAUCAAGUGAUGCUGCUGGACAUCAUACAAAACCUAUUAAUCUUGGGGAUCAUAAUAGGAGAAGGGAUGCGAGGGAUAACUGCGAUGCGUGGGUGAUGGAUUGGUCGGAGCACGGUAUUUGGGCCGCUCGCAAGCGAUUUUCGGAUUUGGCGUAUAUUAAUACGUUUGGCCAGAGGGCAGAAUUCUUUACUAAGGUCACUCCGGCUAAGAACUAUCCACAUGGAAUUAGUUAA